GUUUUGAUUUUGCAGAGAAAUGUCGAUAAUAACCCUGCAAUGCGGGAACUACGCUAACUAUGUUGGUUCUCAUUUCUGGAAUCUUCAGGAGUCCGGCUUUGAAUAUGAGACAAAUAAACAGGUGGGCCCAGACUGCGUAGAUAACGAUGUAUUAUACAGAGAAGGUUUCACGUUGGAUAAACAAUCAACUUAUACUCCGAGGCUGGUCGCAAUCGAUCUUAAAGGAUCCCUUGGUACUCUUCCUGAGUUAGGAGAUCUGUAUCAUAAACCAAGCAUACCUAAACUCAGUACGUUGAAUUGGUACGGGAAGGGAGAAAUACUGAAGGAAGAGCCACCACGGUUAAACCAGUUUCUUCAAGAACUAAGAGAAACCGAACAGGAGAAUAGUGAGAAGGAAGAAGACGACGAGGAAAUAUUAACUGUUAAAACAAAAUCCAAGCAGAUAAAAUCAGCUGUCUAUAAUCUUGACAAGGAUGUCCACUAUUGGUCGGAUUAUCUUUAUGCCAGGUAUCAUCCUAAGAGUGUUCUUGUUGUUGAGAGCUUUCAGCAUGAGAACACAACACAUCCGUUUGAUAUAUUUGGAUUAGGACAUCAGCUCUGGAUAGAUCAACACCAGGACGUCGGUUCAGAGGUAGAGGACAGAAUCAGGUUUUUUGCCGAGGAGUCGGAUAAUUUGAAGGGGUUCCAUUUGCUGGCUGAUUCACAAAGUGGGUUCGGAGGAUUAGCUGGGAGAAUUACAGAUCUUUUAACAGAUGAUUACAGUUCAAAGAGCACGCUGAAUAUUCCUGUUAUUCCUCCCACCUUGGGCAAGUAUACUUUCCACACCUGUGGGUCAGCUUUAGCUUCCAAUACCCUUACACUGGCCAGGUUUCUUGACAAUGGAUUAACAACUCCCCUCUCUCUUUUAUCAGACUGGUUUCCGUUACAAGGACGAAACAUGAGCUUUGAAUUUUUAAAAUUUAAUGCAGAACUGCAUUACCAUUCAAGUUCUAUUUUGGCCACAGCAUUGGAUACAUCGACGUUGGUGUACAGAAAGAAGGAGAAAUCUGCGAGUAUAGCUGAUGUGAUAUCCGGUUUGAGUCAAGGUCAUCAAAAUCUUGCGGUGAUAUCCUCUAGCCUGCCUUUCAACCUCACAGGGAUUGAGAGUAUAGAAAAGGAUUUGCUGUCUGAGCUAACCCCUCUUAUUCCUGCAUCCUCACCAACACACUCCAAUAGAUCUUAUCCUGCUCUCUUAACACUACGCGGAAUAUUGAAAUCAGCCAUAUUUAAAAACAGAUCCAGCAAGUACAACGGGAUAAGUACUCCUGAUGAGUAUUUAGAGUAUUGUGUUCGUGAACAGAGUUCUAGAUCCUGUAUUCCUCGUAUUUGCGCAUUCUCUAAACCUAUCCGGACAUGUAAACCCUUUCCUCAUAUAUUCGAUCCCAGGGUUUCAGUGGAUGGUAAUAUUCUAGGGAAGCAAAGAUCUGAGAAUGAUGGAGUAAGUUGUGUACCGCUUCUAAACUCCUGGAAUACGGGACCGAGUGCUGCUGCUUCCCUUGCUAAUCUGUCAAGUAAAUGUGGUAAGCUGAAUAUAUCCCGUCUACCCCGGAUGUUGGAGUGUGGUACUGAGGAGGUGGACUGGAGAGAGGCGGUGGAAACCAUCAACACCAUGGCAGAGAGAUAUCAUGACCAAGAUCAUGACAUGAAUUAAUGUCUUAAAAAUUUUAUCCUUCACUGUGAUCAAUUAUAUUUAAUACGACCAGCCACCAGUAUUUUUCAUUGUCAAACUUGCAUUGCUGAAAAUAUGGAACUUUUUGAAUUUGUUUUCACCUGGUGGUUAAAACAUUUCGCUUACUACACACUACACAGUAGAUAUUUUCCAUAUUAACCUGGAUUAUUUUCAGA